GCAUGCGAGGCGAGCCUUGGGACUCCGCGCGUCCUUCCGUGAUACUGCUGCGACUCUGGAGGUGAGAGAGAGAGAGGGCUUGGAGGAGGACGAGGGAAGGGAAGGGGAGGGGAGGGGAGGGGAUGCAUGGAGGAAGGAGGAGGAGAGCGAGACUCGCUGCUUGCUUUGGUUGGUUGGUUGCGGCACAGUGGUAGUGGUAGGGGAGGGCGAGUUUGAGUGGAGAGAAGCGAGAGAGAGAGAGAGAGAGAGGGAGAGGGAGGUCUGUCUGGUGUGUCUGUGUCUUCGGAGGAGGAAGAGCAAAGCAGCAGAGGAGCAGAGGGCAGGAGCAAAGAGCAAGACACCAGCUGGGGCCUUGCUUGGCUCUUGGGAGGAAGAAGAAGAACACGGAAAUCAAGAAGUGCUGCGGCAGCCUCCAGGGUCGGAGCGGAGGUGUCAAUUCAGGAAAUUUGGAGCUGCGACGAUCGGUGGGCGGUGAGCGGGAAGGGCGGGGCGCAAUUGGGAGAAUCGGCAGCCCACGGGCGUCCGUGAACGGGUGGAUGGUGGUCGAACAUUGUCAAGCGUGGUAGGAGCAGUAGGGGCCCGGGGUGCUUGGCGCAAAUCGGUGGAUGAUGGUCAGUCGGGAGCUCGUCUGGGUUCGAUAGCUGCAGUUUCAAUUCGAGUGCCGGUUCAGUCAUUGUCUGAGUCUCCGGACCACAGGGCGGAAGAUGUCGGUGGGGGAGUUCUUUUCUGUUUGCUGAGGCCCCCUCUGGCAUUCAGGACUCCCGACUGAUCGACCCAAAUCGUCCUCGAGUGUCCACUGUCGGGGGCUGCAUCCCUUCUCAGUGAUCCAGGCCCGUGCUCGUGAUCUUGAACGUUGUGGGGGGCAUCGUGUCGACGGAGGAUUGUGGACCGACCCCUUGCGAUCAUAGCUCUGCAGCAUGGGAAGAUGAUUGAAGCACCGGGGCAAGUUGCGGGCGUUCCAACCGGAGUGGUCUAGGCCGAAGGUCGUGCCCGAGGGGCCGAUACGGGGCGGGGUCGACGAGGGCGGUGGAGCUGCUUGCAUCGGUUGAUCAUCGGCGGAUUGUGGCGGGCAGAAGGACCGGCACCCGGCUUCCAGGUCCUCUGUGUGGUCUGAGGAACACACCAUGGAGAACUGGCGGAAUUAUUUUGAGAGUUCAGGGGCGGAUAUAUGGACUGUCAUAGACAAGGCUAUCGGAGUGGCUGCUGCGGAUUUCCCCCAAGAACUUCGAUUGCGGAGGGAUGGGUUGACGGAACGGAUGUACACGGCCCAUCUUUUGCACCUGGGUGACCAUGACGAUGAUGUUCAUCCGCGUGGAUCAGAUAAGACGAAUGCCACCAGUGGAGUGUAUACUCGGGACGAAGAACAGGACGAGGAGAACGAUGACGAGCCGCAGCAGCGUCAUCGAAGGGAUAAUGACGACGACGCAGCUAGAGAUAUGGUCAGGGACUGCCCUCUGCACGACGAGAGGGAUUUGGUCGCCGCUCUGGAUGAAUGGGACGUAGAAUCUUUGCACGUGAAGGAGAUAUUGGCCAUCAAGGAGAGCAUUCAAGACAUGGACCAGCCCGAGUCAGAAAUGCUGGAUCAGCUCCAAAAACUGGAGUCUCUGAACAUCUCUGUCGAUAUGCUCGAGAGGACGCAAAUCGGCAAGGACAUCAAUGGAUUUCGGAAGCACUCAUCCAGGCGCGUCCGGGCCAUGGCGAAAAGGAUCGUCAGGUCAUGGAAGGAGCUUGUAGACGAUUGGGUUAAAUCGACUGAGAGUCAAGAACCUCUUCCUUUGAGCAACGGAAAUUAUCACCCAGAGAUGGGUGAAGAAGAAGAGGGCUUGCCCUCGCCCCCUCUGGAUGCGGGUGCGCUGUUGGCGGCCCGAACCGCCUCUUUGGAGAUGUCUCAUUUUUUCGACUUCGACGACGACGAUGUUUCAGCUGCAGGGUCUGGCCCGAGUCCGCCAACUUCAAACAACCUGUCGGAUGAGUUUGGCAGCCUUCCUGAUACUCGUAGAAAGAAUGACAACACGGACCGCCGAUACCAAGGGACGAAUAUAUGCAGUCCCGCUCAGGAGCAUGAUUCACGCGCGCCCAAAGGUGGUCCUGGUAUUCACAAAGUCGAUAAGCAUCGGCCUGUGGCUGUUGAGAGACACGAUGUCAAUUCCCGAAACGUUGUCGCCUCCACCAACAAUUUUCGAAAGCCACCAACCAUGUCGAAUGGAUCAAAGCCUGCGAAUGGGAAUGCAGUUCCCAAUAGGCCAGCCAACGGUUAUUCUCAACAGAAGCCAAACAACGAUUACGUAAGGAAACCAGAGUCGAGGCCAGCUUCCAAUGUGCCUACCACGAAACCAAAGGCGGAUAGCUUGAAACCAGGCUUGGCAACUAAACCAAAACCUCAGGGAGAAAUCGAUGUCUCUCAGAAACUUUUGCUAGCAAAGAGAAAACUCCAAGAAGGAUAUCAGCAAAUUAAUGAAGCAAAGAAACAGCGUACGGUACAAGCACUCGACUUGACGGACCUUCCUAAGGGUGGGCCCAAGAGUGCAAGGUUUCCUCAACCACAUAUGAAGCCGGUUCAAAAUCGAGGGUGGGCGAACGGUCGGAGGUAGAGACAGGCCACAACGACUUCGUGUGACCCAAGUAUUGGGUUGUCCCUGAAGCACGAGAGGCUACUCUUCAGGGAUCAUUCACGCAAGCAGUGCGAGUGUACAGUUAGGCGGAAAGUACAUUACUGGUGCAUGUGAAUACAAUCACAUGAAAGAAACUGAGUGCCACUAGUAAUGACUUGAGUUUUCUUAAAAAAUUUAUUGCUCAGCCGGAGGGCAACAUUUGUGUUUUUGGAAGAAACGUUGCUGAGGUGUGAGCUAUGUAGAUACAACAGAUUUUGCCUGAAACCUCUCAUUACUAGAAUAAUUUUUGCAACACUGCUUGUCAGUCCGGACCAAUAUUGUGCGGUAGCUCUACUCAGGUCUGACUGCUCCUAAGUUUUCGUCAGAUUUUACUUCGGUACUUCAGUCUGUGGACAAGUCCAAUCGACACGUCUGUGAAUCCCUUAUGGCCCUCUCCACUCUGUAGUUGCUCCUUCUUCGAAUAAGUAGGCCUUACUGCAGUAAGUCAAGGUACUCUUGUUCUCUCAUCUGAUCAUCACUACUUAGAUAUAGUGUGGUCUGCCGUAGAUAAUCGCUUGGAUGCAUUAUCUACUUAGUCACGGGCGGUCAAAGCCGCAAGUCUCUUUUGUCACUGGAAAUCUUCUUAGUGUGGGAAUUGCUACUUGAGUCUGCUAUCCCCACUUGGCCGCCAAAGUGCGAGUUUGUACAAGUGAACCAAGUGAAGCUGAACGGUGCUUCCAAUAAUCGAGUUAUCC